GGUAAAUCGUGUACAUUCGUAAAUUUAAAGACAAUUUCAAAACGUAAGAUGUUAAAAUAAAUUGGGAAUAUCCUUAUAUUUACCGUGCGUUUCAAAAAUUGAGUGUCUGUGCAAAACAAAGUGCAAAACAGGAGCCGGCGAACACGUUUAAAAGAAGAUCUAAAGAUUUCAGUCUGGAGGAGCUUGGAAACCUAAGUAGCCUUGAGCUACAACAGUUAAUCAAUAGUGGUGAACUAGAUGUGUCCCCUUUACUUAAUCUAGACCCUACACAGUCGAACCUGACAUCUAACAAUGUCAGCCAAGGACAUGCUGCACAACAACUUCUUCAGGGAUUUAUGGCUGCAGAAAACAGUCCUGGUACAUCUGCGAAUCGGACCACGACCAGAGGACCUACUGGAAGGGCCCAGACUACCCCUGAUGGCAUUUAUACAGAAAUCGUAGAACAACCAAAACAGCGAGGGCUGAGGUUCCGUUACGAAUGUGAAGGAAGAUCUGCUGGGAGUAUUCCUGGCGAGAAAAGUACUCAGGAUAGGAAGUCAUUCCCAACUAUUAAAAUUCACCAAUAUCAAGGAGUAGCUGUGAUAGUGGUAUCGUGUGUUACAAAAGAUCACCCUUAUGAACCCCAUCCACAUAACCUAGUAGGGAAAGACUGUAAAAGGGGUGUCUGUACACUUAAGGUCAAGGACACAAAUGUUAUAAGCUUCCCACAUCUUGGAAUUCAGUGUGCGAAAAAGAAAGAUGUAAUGGACAACUUAAAACAAAGAAAAGAAAUUAAUGUUGAUCCCUUUCAAAGUGGAUUUAAGCAUAUGGCGAAAGCCAAUAAUAUUGACCUGAAUGUAGUCAGGUUGUGCUUCCAAGUUUUCCUUCCUGAUGAGAACGGGAAAAUUACAAGAAUUGUUCCCCCGGUGGUGUCACAUCCUAUACAUGAUAAAAAAUCAUUGAAUGAGUUAGUAAUUUGUCGAGUGGACAAGUCGUCUGGAAGAGCAAAAGGAGGGGAUGAAGUCUUUCUUCUUUGUGAAAAAAUCAAUAAAGAUGAUGUUAGAAUAAGAUUUUACCAGGAGAAUGAUAAUGGAGAUGUGGUAUGGGAAGAUUCCGGUGAUUUUAGUGCUAAUGAUAUUCAUCGACAGUAUGCCAUUGUUUUUAAAACCCCGCCAUAUAAAGACCAGUACAUUACACGACCAGAACAGGUGAAAAUGCAGUUACAACGAUUAAAUGACCCUGCAGAAACCAGUGAUCCAAUACCAUUUAUUUAUAUGCCAGAAGAUCCAGAUCCAGAUAGGAUAUUUGAGAAGAGAAAGAGGAAAGCAGAUCAGCUGAGAUCACUAGGACUGUUAGAUAACCCUUCACCAGACGACAUUAAACAGAGACUAAAGAUUAAAGCUACAAAAUCACGCAUUAAGCAAGAAAAAAUUGAUACACCAACAGUGGUAGAUGAGAUCCCAUUCAGUAACCUUGGAGCUUCGAGCCAGUUUACAACAAAUACCUCUUCCGUCCGCACUUCUGACAACACUGGCAUUGGAAAUAUGACAAUUAAUGUAGAUAGUUUAAAAGCUCAGUUAGCCAGUUUACCUGAGACUUUACAGAACCAGCUGUUACAGCGACUUGCCAUGCAAAAACUUCAACAGGAGAUGCAAAUGCAGCAGACAUCCCAACCCAGCCAAGGUUUUGAUUUAGCCGCAGCUUCUUCAUCCGGUCUCGUAAACGCUGGAUUAUUAAAUGAUAUUCAGAUGCAGCCGGCCAAUACUGAACAGAACACUAUGAAUAUGAUACAGCAGUAUUUAGGUGAUCAAGGAACGAGCGUUUCUUUCGAAAGUUUAGAAUUAUCGGGAAAUCUAAUGAAUGUGGAGUUUGAUCCGAAUAUAGGGGCAAUGGAGAGUGUAGCUAGUGAUGAGAGACAAAUAGACGAAGCUAAUUUGGCAAUUCAUGCUUUAAAUCAAUCCUGAAUUUUGACAUUGGCAUAACGUUUGGUGCUCAAAAUACACAAAUUCCGACCAGAGUUAGUUACUUGAUUUGGCUAGUGUCGGUUAUUUGAAGAAUGGUAUAUUUUGUCAGAAAUAUUCUAUUUUUGGAAAGAAAAUGAAAUGUUUGGAAGAUGGUUAGAUGAAGGGGAAAAAAUGAAAAGAGAACACAUUGAUUGUGUCCGUUGCUUGUGCUGUUCUGUUUAUAACCACAAAAAAAUGGCAGCUUGUUAAUUGUGUUUUGUUUAUGUUUUUGUUAUUUUCUUAUAUUUUUGUUGAAUCUCUGUUUGUUUGAUUUUCGCUGCUGAAGUGACAACCAUUUCUAAUGUCAUUACAACACUAUUAUUGCUUUGAUAACAUAAAUGUUAAAAGGAAGUUUUUUUCGGAAAGAAAUAUCUGUUUGUAAAAUGUGACUAGUUGGGUCCUGGGAUAUUUCCUAGGUUUUUUCGUUGUGUGGAAAAUUAUUUUAAUAUCAGUAUUUUCAAGAUAUAUUUUUCAUUUCUUUUAAAGAAAUGUUUUGAGUCAUAAAUUAUACCUUAUCAUGUUUGAAUGUAUAAUGAAAAAUUCUAAAAAUGGGAGGGAACUUCUUAUGGUGGGCAGAUGUGAUCAACAACAAAUAUAAUUUUUCCUGUCCGGAUUGCAUACUUAGCAUUCCAGGGCCUAAUUUAUUUGUUUGGAUCAAAUACACAUGCCAUAUAUUUUGUCCUGUUUAAAUUCCUAGGUUGUACUUCAUGCGAGAAAAAUCUCCCAACAUUGUUUACAUGUUGAGUAAAUUCUGGAAAUUCCCCAACAAAAAACCCAUUGUAAGUUAUACACCCACAUCCUGUUAAAAUGAAAGUAGGUUACACCCACACCUUUUAAAAGUGAAAAUAGACUACAAGUUAUAAAUAAUUGUAUAAAAAAAACAGGAAGUUUAUUUAUAGUACAUGGUUUCCAGGAAGUAGUGAUUAUUUUGGUAUUCAGAUACAUUCCAAGAAAUGAUUUAGUCAACAGUUAAAUAUAAGUAAAGUAAUUGUUUAAUCAUGGAUUAGGGAGCGGAUUUUUUUUUUAGAAGGGGUUGUGCAUGGAAGGAAUAAAAAAUAAAAAUUAUAUUUGAAAAUUUAAAAACAAAAAAUGAAUGAGUACUGGAAAAUAACUUAUAGAAAAUACAGAGCUUAUAGAAAAUAUAAAAUUAGGAAAAAAUAAAAAAAAAAAUGACAAAAAAAAUAAAAAAAUAAAAAUAAACCAAUACAAAUGAUUAAAGAAAUAAAAUAUCAAACCACUUCCAAGCCUCCCCCUAAAAAUCCAAUGAUUGUUCCCAAAAAAAUAUUAAAUUCUAUGCAUAGUGUGUCAAACCAUCUCUAUGAUAGGGGAUACUGAAAGUGCUAUUAAAUUUUUGUUUACUUUUCUUGGAUGCAAGGCUCUUUGUGUAAUAUAUUAAUUUUGAUUUUUAAAAAUGUUGUAAAUAUUAAAAUAAUCAUUUUUGAUACACAAAAGAUAAAUUCUACAAUCAUAAUGUCAUAAUAUCAUAUAUAACUCAUUAAAAUAGUGAUAAUCAU